GAAGCAGUGGGGAUGCGCCCAGCUCAGCGAACACGGUGGAGAUUACCAGGCUGGUGUUUGGUUGUUCUGGGGUGAUCUUCCGAUUGGAAAAGAACUAUGUCAUGGAUCAAGGAAGGAGAGCUAUCACUAUGGGAGUGGUUCUGUACCAGCAUCAUAAAGGCAGGCCCAGUGCCGAAACACAUUGCACUAAUAAUGGAAGGGAACCGUCACUAUGCCAAGAAGUGCCAGGUAGAGUGGCAGGAAGGCCACUCACAGGGCUUCAGCAAGCUAGCUAAGACCCUGGGAUGGUGUUUGAACCCGGGCAUCCUAGAGGUUACAGUCUAUGCAUUCAGCAUUGAGAGCUUCAAACUCUCCAAGAGUAAGGUAGACGAGCUUAUGGAUCUGGCCCGGCAGAAGUUCAGCUGCUUGAUGGAAGAAAACGAGAAACUGCAGAAGCAUGAGUUGUGUAUCUGGGUCCUGGGCAGUCUGCGCUUGUUACCCUUGCAUCUCCAGGAGCUGAUUGCACAAGCUGUACAGGCCACCAAGAGCUGCAACAAGUGUUUCCUGAAUGUCUGUUUAGGAUACACAUCAUGUCAUGAGAUCAGCAAGGCUGUGAGAGAGAUGGCCUGGGUGGAGCAAGGUCUGUUGGAUCCCAGUGAUAUCUCUGAUGAGUCCCUGCUUGAUAACUGCCUCUAUACCAACCACUCUCCUCAUCCUGACAUCUUGAUGCAGACUUCUGGAGAAUUGCCACCGAGUGACUUCGUGUUAUGGCAGACCUCUUACUCCUGCCUGGUGUUCCCGCACAUUCUGUGGCCAGAAUACACAUUUUGGAACUUCUUCGAGGCCAUCCAGAUGGGCCAUAGCAUGCUUCAGAAGCCCCGAGACAAGUAUGCAGAGGAGCGGGAGAGGCAGCAGCUGGAGAGGGACCAGGCUGCAGUGACAGAGCUGCUGCUGCGAGAGGGGCUCCAAGGCAGUGGGGACACCCAGCUCCGAAGGGCAUGCUUGCGCAAACUCUCGACCAGACGAGAAGACCAAGUCCAAGGCUUCCUGCAGGCCUCGGAAUUCAAGCGAGCUGACUGGCUGGCAUGUCUGGGCACUGCAUCAGCCUGA